AUGGGUGACCUGCUAGGAUUGGACAACUUGGUGGCCAACACCACCUACCUGAAGGCCCAGCAGAUCGAUCGCAAGGAGCUGAGAAAACGGAGACUCUCCCUGACGCUGCCCAAGCUGAAGAAGACCUCUGCUCUCCAGGCAGCAGAGGGAGAGAGGUACGAGUCACUCUGCGAGCAACAGCCUAUCGGGAGGAAGCUGUUCCAGCAGUUUCUCCUGACCUCUAACGACCAGUACGCGGCUGCUGCUGAGUUUCUGGAUGAGCUGAGCAAGUGGAGCUUUGCCGAAGAUGAAAAAAGAGAAAAAGCCAAACAGACGAUCCUCGCCAAGUUCUGCCAGCCUGGGUCUACGAGAUUCCUGUCCUACUUCACCGAAGAGGAUGCUGAAACAUGCAAGGACUUAUCGGACAGUAACUUUGAUGAGGUGAUUUUGGACCAUCUGAGAGAAGCCACUAGGGAGUUCCUGAAGGGAAGACCUUUCUCGGAGUACCUGAAAAGCCAGUUCUUCUACAGGUUUCUGCAGUGGAAGGAGUACGAGAGGCAGACGAUCACUGACAAAUACUUUUAUGAGUUCAGGACUCUGGGAAAAGGUGGCUUUGGUGAGGUGUGCGCGGUGCAGGUGAAGCACACGGGCCAGAUGUACGCCUGCAAGAAGCUGGAUAAGAGGCGUUUGAAGAAGAAAGGCGGUGAGAGAAUGGCUCUCGUGGAGAAGCAGAUCCUGGAAAAGGUCAACAGCCUUUUUAUCGUAAACCUGGCUUACGCUUACAACAGCAGACACCACCUGUGCCUGGUAAUGGACCUGAUGACUGGAGGAGACCUCAGGUUCCACAUAUACGACUUAGGGAAGAGAGGCAUACGGAUGGAGCGUGUGGUUUACUACACAGCCCAGAUAACCAGUGGCCUCCUGCACUUGCACAACAUGGGCAUCGUGUACCGUGAUAUGAAGCCUGAAAAUGUGCUGCUGGAUGGUAAAGGACAAUGCCGCCUGUCAGACCUCGGAUUGGCUGUGGAGCUGUCAAAGGGCAAAAUGAUCUGCCAGAAGGCUGGUACGACUGGCUACAUGGCCCCUGAGGUUCUGAAGCAGGAGUACUACCGCUACUCUGUGGACUGGUGGUCGCUGGGAUGCAGCAUUUAUGAGAUGGUGGCCGCCCGCUUGCCUUUCAGAGACUUCAGGGAGAAGGUGCAGAACGAUGAGGUGACUCGCCGCACCCUGGAGGACGAGUGCAAGUUUGAACACAAAUCCUUCGAUGCUCCCACCAAAGAUAUUAUCAGCCGCUUCCUCAAGAAGAGGGUGGCGCGUCGCUUUGGGUGCCAAGGCGACGACCCACGAAGCCACGAGUUCUUCAACAGCAUCAACUUCCACCGACUGGAGGCGGGCCUGCUGGAGGCCCCCUGGGUGCCAAAGCCCGACGUGGUCUACGCCAAAGACGCGGACGAGUUCAAGGACAGCUCUGACAUCAAGGACGUCAAGUUUGACACCAAGGAUGAGAAGUUCUUCAGGGAGUUCAGCACGGGCGCAGUGUCCGUGCAGUGGCAGAAGGAGAUGAUUGACAGCGGCGUGUUUGACGAGCUGAACAGCACCACGGUCAUCCAACGCGACCGCGAGACUGCGUGGAAAACCAGGCUGUGCGUCCUUUUGUGAGCACACACACAGGAGGAAUUUUGGACACUUGAAAAUGCACAGAUGUCCUUAAAUCGAAGUGCCUUCAAUUAUGUGCCUCGGAAACCUUUUUACGCGUGGCCUUUUUCCUUAACCUCAGUACA